AUGAGUGAGGCGUUUGACCGAUACGAGCGGCAAUAUUGCGAGCUCUCUGCAAAUCUUUCAAAGAAAUGUUCCUCUGCUAUUUCGCUUGAUGGAGAACAAAAGAAGCAGAAGCUGUCUGAGAUUAAAUCUGGACUGGAAAAUGCAGAAGUAUUGAUUAGGAAGAUGGAUCUUGAGGCAAGGGCCCUUCCACCAAAUAUUAAGUCUAGCCUCCUUGUCAAAUUGAGAGAAUUCAAGUCUGAUCUGAACAAUUUCAAAAGUGAAUUGAAAAGAAUCACAACUGGAAGCUUGAACGCUGCUGCUCGAGAUGAGUUACUCGAAGCCGGUAUGGCUGACACAGUGACGGCUUCAGCUGAUCAAAGAUCAAGAUUGAUGAUGUCAACCGAACGAUUGGGUAAAACGACAGACAGAGUCAGGGACAGUCGUAGAUUAAUGAUCGAGACUGAAGAGAUUGGCGUAUCACUCCUCCAAGACUUGCACAGUCAGAGACAGUCUCUCCUACGUGCCGGUGACACGCUUAGUGGAGUAGACGAUAACGUUGGAAAGAGCAAGAAGAUCUUGACAGGCAUGACGAGGAGGAUGAACAAGAACAAAUGGACCAUUGGAGCCAUAAUCACCGCUUUGGUCGCCGCCAUCAUCCUCAUCUUGUACUUCAAACUCACCAAGUAA